GGAGUAAGAGCGGCAGUAAGCGGAGCCUCCCCACAGACGACAUGGGGGCUGAGAACAUCACGGGACAUCGUGAAGACUUAGGGAUGUCGGUAAAAAAGGGAGACAGCAGUGUUCCACUCGAAAUACAGCUGCGGGGUCCUGGAAUGCAGCAGCUGUACUCCCAGGCCUGCCGCCAGGGGGCGCGACCGGUGCACAGCGUGCGCGGGCUCGUGGUUGGUCAGUUCAGAUCCGGGAAGACGUGUGUCGUCAGGAGGCUGACGGGAGAGAAGGCUGUGGAGAAUGAACCGAUAACAGACGGCAUCGAGAUUUCACCCAGCGUGAAGACCAAGACUUGGCGAAAGGCAAAAGGUCCUAAAAUAUGUUAA